AUGGAGCAAACUGUGCAGCAGCCCGGUGCUCUUGCCGCCGGUGUUAGCGUCAAGCUACCCCCGUUCUGGCCCGAUGAUCCGGUGCUAUGGUUCGCUCAAGUCGAGGCACAAUUCUCAACUCGAGGCAUUACCAGUGAGAAAACUAUGUAUCACUACGUGGUUUCAUCUCUGCAACCUGAGUAUGCUGCUGCAGUUCGGGAUUUACUUGUCUCUCCACCCUCUACCAAUCCAUAUCAAGUUCUGAAAAGUGAAUUAACGAAACGCACUUCAGUUUCGGAACAGAAGAGACUGAACCAGCUUUUAAUUGCAGAAGAGCUUGGAGACCGCUCGCCUACUCAACUCCUUCGCCGCAUGGAACAGUUACUUGGAGGAAAAGAGCUUGAAGUCAGCAUUUUCCGACAGCUUUUCUUGCAGAGACUUCCUAAUCAAGUUCAGACUGUCCUUGCUCCAUGCAGUGAUUCUAUGACAAUUACUCAGUUGGCUGAAAUGGCAGACAAGAUCAUUGAAGUCAGUUCUCCUUCCACGUCUGGUCUCCCUAUUUCAAAUGUGACUACCUCCGAUCCUUCACCAUCGACACGAUCAGACCCGGAGGAAUUCAAGAGACUGUCAAGCCAAGUUCAGCAGUUGACUUUGCAGGUCCAGUCGCUCACCAAGGUGCUUCAUCAGGAUCGUGGUCGCUCAAGUACCAGGUCUUCGAGACGGAAUCGAAGCCGUAGUCGCAGUCGUGGUAACAAUCCAAAAGGCGCACGCCAAUUCGAUACACACGCAGGUGGUGAAUGCUGGUAUCAUUGGCAAUUCGGGAAAGAUGCCAAGAAGUGUUCGUCUCCGUGUUCCUGGCAGGAUAAACCACAUCCUUCUUCGACCCAGGGAAACGCUCAUGCCAGCGAGUAG